GAGAUGUUAGAGCGGAAAUGUAGUUUGCCCACUUGCUUCACAACGGGCCACUUUUAUUAGUUCUCAAUAAAAGUAACAGGUAACUAUAAGUUCGUGUGUACAGAAUUAACUUUGUUGUUAACUUCUGAGUAUUUACGUCGCGCCACAGUACCUGUGGUAAUGUGUUUUAGUACACAAGCUUCCAUUUGUUAGCCUAGCCUAGCUUGUCAUUUACCAUACGCUCUAUUAUUAGACUAAGUGCGCAUGCGUAUGAAGUGGUACCAUGAAGGUAAAGGUGAUCUCCAUCCUGGAGGACAACUACAUGUACUUGGUGAUUGAGGAGCAGAGUAAACAGGCAUUAGCUGUAGACCCUGCAGUUCCUCACCGGCUGCUGGAAAUAGUGAAGAGAGAGGAGUUGACUUUGGUGGCUGUUCUCACCACACAUCAUCACUGGGACCAUGCCCGAGGGAAUGAAGCUCUGCAGAAGGAGGUUCCUGGCUUGAGGGUGUAUGGAGGAGAUGAUCGCAUCGGGGGCUUGACUGAUAAAGUGACAGACGCUCAGGAACUCAAGUUCAACUCCAUCAACGUGAGAUGCCUGUUUACUCCAUGCCACACAUCUGGCCACAUGUGCUACUUUAUCUGGGAGGACGAGUGCUCGGAUGCCCCUGCUGUGUUCACAGGGGAUACUUUGUUUAUCGGAGGAUGCGGCAAGUUCUUGGAGGGCACGGCCGAGCAGAUGUACCAUAAUCUCACGCAGGUGCUGGGCUCCUUGCCUCAAGAUACUAAAGUGUUCUGCGGCCAUGAGUACACCAUAAAGAACUUGAAGUUUGCUUUGCUGGUGGAGCCUGACAAUGAGAAGGUUAAAGAAAUGCUCAUUUGGGCCAGGGCAAGAGAUGACGACGACAAACCCACAGUGCCAUCGACCCUACGGGAGGAGUUUGAAUACAACCCUUUUCUUCGUCUCACGGAGGAGAGGGUGCAGAGGUUCACGGGUAAGACAGACCCCGUGGAGGUGCUGAGAGUCCUUCGGAAAGAGAAGGACAAAUUCAAGAAGCCCAAGGAGAGACUUCCUCACCAUGCCUUGCUGGCUUUGGAAUGGGGGCUGCUUAGACCCUGAGGUCCAGCUCCAUCCAUGCUCCAAAUGAAUGGUGGGACCUAAUGAUUAUGAAAUGUCUGCACAAAAAGGCCAGUAUAAAACCACUAAUAAUAUUAUUUAAAAAACUAUGGUCAGGUAUUUUAAGCCUAUUAUGCACAAAUGAAGUAAACUAGGCCACUUUUCCGAAAGCAAGCUCCUCAUAAUAAAUUUGUUAUGUCUAAAUAACUGGAAUUUGGACAGCAUAUAAGCUUAUGUUUAUUAUUUUUUUUACAUAAUUCAUGCUUAUACAGUCAGUUAACUCCUACUCAUACUGUAAUAUACUCUUCAGCGUUCCAUUUACAAGUAGGCUUUAUGGAGCAGGAUGCUGGUAUGUUGAGCUCAUCAACAAAUAUUAAAAUCAUAUCAACCAAACAUUUUUGCUUA